AUGAAUUCAACAGAUACUGAGCCCAACCAUGGCCAACCCCCUCAAAACUGGCAGGCUAAUGGCUCGACAGUCCCGUGGGCAGAGAUCUUCUCCCGCCAUGAAGCUGUGCUCGUGUCGCAUCGCGAAAUGCUGGACUCGGUGAAAGGUCACAUCGCGCCGGAUGGUGAGGCUUUCCGAGCAGUGUCGGCAAUGCUAAACAAGACGGUUCAAGCGAUGAAUCAGACCAAUGUGAUGCGAAAACAUAUGCUGAACAAGAAAACAAACGAAUAUACGGCCUCGGAUGAAGCAUCGCCCAUACCAGAACCUCGGAAGAAAAAGAAGCGCUCGAGACUCGAAAAUGAGGAGGAGAAUGAUGUCCCCGUGAACCACAAUUUCGAAACAAGUGGUGAAAGCCCGGUCUCAAAACGAAAGUUGAACCCCACACCACCCCUACAUCUCCCUGACGAAUCUCAAAAUACCUCCUCCGCCUACGAGACCGAAGACAUAUCCGCAGAAGUACAGAGACGACUCCUCAUAAAGGAAGAAAGACGCCGGAAGAAAGAAAAUGCGCAACCUGAGAAGCGGAAGCGAGAAAGUCUGAUCUCAAACGAGAGCUUGUCUCCUGGUGGUGGUCAAAAACCUCAGAAGAAGCGAGUUCGAGUUGGAAGCGAAUUGAGAAGGGAUGGAGGUUUUGCGUCUGGAAGAGCUAAACGGCAAAAACAAUGA